AUGAACAGUAACUAUAAGCCAUCCUAUGAUUUUCUAUCAUCAUCAAGUCCGCGUGACGAAUAUGAACUUAUACAACGUAUUGGUUCAGGAACAUAUGGAGAUGUUUAUAAGGCGAGACAUAUUCCGACGGCAUUGAUGCGUGCAUUGAAAAUAAUUAAACUUGAGCCAGGCGAUGAUUUGAAUAUCAUACAACAAGAAAUUCUUAUGAUGAUCGAAUGCAGUCAUCCAAAUAUUAUAGCUUAUUAUGGCAGUUAUUUAAAACGAGAUAAAUUAUGGAUUGCUAUGGAAUUAUGUUCCGGUGGAUCGAUGCAAGAUAUUUAUCAUGUAUAUGGACCACUUAAUGAAGUACAAAUAGCUUAUAUACUCAAAGAGACUCUCAAAGGAUUAGAUUAUCUUCAUCGAACGAAAAAAAUGCAUCGAGAUGUUAAAGGUGCUAACAUCUUAUUAACUGACGAUGGAAAUGUCAAACUAGCUGAUUUUGGUGUCGCAGCAAGUAUAACAGCAACUUUGUGCAAACGAAAAUCAUUUAUUGGUACACCUUAUUGGAUGGCACCGGAAGUUGCCGCUGUUGAACGUAAAGGUGGUUAUAAUCAUUUAUGUGAUAUAUGGGCUGUUGGUAUUACCGCGAUUGAAUUCGCUGAACUACAACCACCGAUGUUCGAUUUACAUCCCAUGCGUGCACUUUUCCUAAUGUCAAAAUCAGGUUUUAAACCGCCAACAUUGAAAGAUAAAUCAAAAUGGUCGAUAACAUUUCAAAAUUUUGUUAAAUAUACACUAACGAAAAAUCCUAAGAAAAGACCAUCGGCUGAAAAAUUACUUGAUCAUCCGUUUCUUCAAGGACAUUUAACAGCACAAAUCGCACGAGAUCUAUUGGAUAGAAUACACAAUGGAUCGAUGAAUAACACGUCAACUGAAGAUCGAGACGACGACGAUGAUGAUAGAAGUAUUUUUCAAGCGCCCAGUAAAAUUACAUCAACUAGAGAAGCAUCCGGAGUAACAUCAUCAAAUAGUCGUCCGCUUGUUGGGAAUUUCAAUCAACCAUCAAUAAUCCGUAGUUCAAUACUCAACGAUUCGCUUCUAGAAAAUAUUCAUGAUCAACAUUCUCAGUCAACUGCUCAAUACCCACCAAAGAAUACAGAUAAUGAAAAUGCCGAACAUCUCGAACGAUUAAAAUCAUUAGGCUUAUCGGAAGAAGAUAUAAAUCAAUUAAUGAAAACGUUGCCUUUAAGUGCAUUUGAAAAUUUAGCUUUAAAUGAAAUUCAACAUAUCGUCGAUGUCAUGCGUGAAGCUGAUAUUGAAGAAAAUGAUGAAAGCUCUAAUAAUGGUACAAUCAGACGAGCUCCAGAAUCAAAAUCUAACGACAACGAACAACAAGAAAUCCCAUUCGACAGCAGUAUUGAUACAAAUAAUAACACUUUAGAACGAAAUCAUCUUUAUGAAAACAUAUCAGAAAAUCCCAAUGAUAAUUAUAGUACACUGAAAAUAAAACAAGAUCGAUCUAUAUCACCAUGUCAUGGCAUUCCAAGUGUACCUCGAGUUCAUAUGGGCGCUGGUUUUAUGAAGAUAUUUAAUCAAUGUCCAUUAGAAAUCUAUGCUAGUUAUUGUUGGGUGAACAGUGAAACAAAAGACGAAUUCGUGUUAAUAGCAGCUGAAGAAGGCAUUUAUUCAUUGAAUCUCAAUGAACUACAUGAUGCUACAUUAGAAUUGUUAUAUCCUAGACGAACGACUUGGUUAUUUGUUAAUGAUAAUAUUCUUUGGUCAAUAUCAGGCAAAUCGAGUAGUCUAUAUCGACAUGAUCUUCCUUUAUUAAUGCAAACUAAAAGUACAUCUCGAUUAUCUUUACCAUUAAAUAAAUUUCAAAUUCACGGAAAAUUUGAAAAAUUAAUACCAAAAAAAUCGGCAGCAUCUGUUAAAAUAAAUAAUACUCGUGGAUGUAUUCGUUGUUGUGUUGGCCGAAAUCAAUACACCGGAUUUAUUUUUCUAGCUGGAAUGUUACCUCAUGAAAUAUUUCUUAUGCAAUACUAUGAUCCAUUGAGAAAGUUUAUGAUUUUAAAAACUGUUCCAAUUUCAAUCCCUUUUGAACCAAAAGUUUUUCAAAUGAUUUUUUCACCAGAAAAUCAAUAUGCUUACAUAUGUAUGGGCGUUAGUAAAAGUAAAUCGCCGCCGGAUUCAUUUAAAUUUGCUGUAAUUAAUUUUGAAACUGAAAAGGUGGAAAAUUAUGAGGAUGUGCCUUUGGUUUCUAAUGUUUCUCAAGUGAAACAACAUGAAAAAGAUGCGGAUACAGUACUCAUUUGUCAAGACAAUCAUAUUAAUAUUAUUAAUACUCAAGGAAAACCUCAGAAAAAUAGAAAAAUACUAUCGGAACUUAAUUUUGGUUAUGAAAUUCAAUCGUUAGUUUGCCUACAAGAUAGUGUCCUUGCAUUUCAUCAACACGGAAUGCAAGGUAGAAGUUUAAAAGAUAACGAAAUAACACAAGAAAUCUAUGAUCAUACUCGAUCAUUUCGAGUGAUUGGCAAUGAUCGAUUGGUUGUCUUGCAGAGCCGUCCGUUGAAUCAAUUACAAUUAUAUGGUGCUUUAAAUACAAUACCAUCCGAUUUACAUAUUUUAAUGGGCCAUGAAAAUACAUAA